GUUAUGUAUAUCUUUUGGAUAGCUUCACUGCUUAUUUCUCUUGCUGUAGCCCAGGAAGAGCUUCAACUCGACGAUCCAUAUUGCUUUAAAUUUACUUGGCUCGGAUCAGAAUUAAAUGCCCGUAGUGAGAAUACUACUUGUGAUGACAUCACCAAGGGUGCCAAUGUUCCAUGUGUUUUUCCGCUAAAUACGACUGAAAAUGGUCAGUUACCGAACACUACGUAUAUGUGGAAUGAUCCGGCCAAAUUUGACUUUGCUUGUCCGAUGAUACAGGGGAACAUUUGUGUGAAAUACUCGUACUAUUACAAUCACGCCCUGGAAAAUAUUACGUACAUGUGCUCCAAGGUCACCAUAGAAAACGAAGGAGCAGUAAAAUCAGGCUGCUAUUCAGAAUACCAGGAUGGACGGGAGAUUGAAGUUUGUGUUUGUACAUCUAAUCCGGGCGAUGAACCUUGCAACACGGGAAGUAUUGUAAAUCAGUUUCGAUUUAUCUUAGUGUUUGUUGUGCUGUUCAAUGCGUUUUUGUUCAGUAUUUUAUGAAUCAACAUUUCGCCGUUGAUUUUAAUGUGAUUGUUAGCGUUUAAUGUUUCUUUUUCUCUUUGCAAAAAUAAUUAUUGUUUUCAUAAUGCUCAGACUGUUCUUACCUUACAAUGAUCGUAUGUAUUACAUAUACUCUACAAUAAAAAAAAGUU